AGGAAGGGGCGGCCGCAGCGCCCCCAGCCCCCUUUUCUCAAUGGGAUGGGAUUUUGUGAAUGAGCAGUCACGUGACUCUGCUUCCUUUGUCCGCCCGCCUCCCCCGACAACAGGUGAAGCACAGAAAAAGGGCAGGGGUCCCCCGCAGGGCCUAGCUGGGAUAGGACGCCGGGAUUUCUGGGUGUCCUACGCUCCCCACACGUUUCCCGGGGGAGUGAUCCCCACAGUUCCUCAAAAGUGGGGGUCCUGUACUAAAUUUUAUGAAUGGAGCGUCCUUGGAGGAAGUCCGGGCCCCCCAAAUGGAGACUGGUACCCCAAAUGGCUGCCGUGCAGUUUAGGGGCCCCCACUCCCUUGUCCUUCCAUCCGGGAUCUGGGGAGCGCCCGGGUGGGCAGGAGGCGCAACGCGGUCCUGUCCGCCCCCACACCAGGACAGAUCUGUCAGCCCCCGCCCACUCGACCCCCGAGGCACCUGCCUGGGAGGCUCCGGCCGGGCUCCGAGCUGCGGCGACGUGGCCUCCUCCUCCUCCUGUUCGCUCAGGCUCCCUCGCUGGCUCCGGCGGCGCUAGAGACGGGCUCCGGGAGUCGGGGCGAGGGGGGAGGGAGGGGGAGCCUGGAAGAUGGGUGGGGGGAGGGGGCGGCUUGGGGGAGGUGUAAACGCGAGGCGGGCGUACUUGCCCUCUGGGUCCUAGAGCCCGGCAACGUCUCCUACGAACAGCCCCCCAGCCCCCAUUUUCUCAGGACCCAGAGAGAACCCCCUACUUUUCCACCCAUCCGCACCAUUGGUCCCUGAGGAUGUGAGGGAAGGGGUCCGGUACAUUGCUUGGUCUCACUGUUCUUAAGAGGCAAGGGUCUACGCUUUGGGUUCUAAAUGGAAGGGGCUAAAUGCCUGGCAAUACUUGAAAAGGGUGGGGCGAGAAGGGAGCGAGCAUUUGCAAGGGGGCGGGGUCAGAGGGCCCAAGAAAGGAGAGACUGAGGGCGCCAGAGGCAUGACAAGUGAAUGCGUCACGGAGGGGGCGGGCCCACGGUGGGUGGGCCUUCUGGGCAGGCGGAGGAGAGGGUCUUGGGAGUUUAGAAGUAAAUUGUUUUACGGGUGGGGCACCUGAAAUCCAAGAGGGAGGAGCUACGUACCAGUGUUCCUAAUGGGCGGGGCUUUGGGAAAGAGAGUAACAGAGGGGCGGAGCAUUGUAAAGGGGAGGAGCGAAGGAGAAUGUUCUAAAGGGGUGGGGCCUAGAACUCCGAGGACUGGCAGCAGGGAAGGAGACUCCCAAGUAUUUCCAGAGACCCAGGUUCGUAAGGGGCCGGGCUCAAGCUGUCUGACUGGAGGGCGUGGCCUCGAGGCCAGAGGCGGGGCCUAGAUCUCGGGGUCUGCCCUAGCUGUCUCGCCCACUUGCCUUCACCCGCACCCCCGUUCUUUUCGGUUAUUUUCUGCUACGGCCGUUCCCCGCCCUGCCCUGGGCCCAGGGGGCCACUGUCUGGACUUUAGUGGGCAGGAGGAAUCGGUGAGUGGGAGUCUUUGGACGAAGGAGCCUAGGGCACAGCUUGGGGAAAGGGGUGUGGCCGUUUGUUGAGGCCAGCCGCUAGGCCCGCAGCGGGAAGAGAAGUUUGAGUGCGGCCUGAAGAUCUGGCGCUACCUGAGUAGAAGGCAGGCCUCAAAUGAUCGACAGAGAGAGAGAGAUGGGAGGGUUAAAGGUGAGGGCUGAUGGCUUAGCAGGACAACUCCUGUAAUUUGUUAGGCGAAGCCAGGGCCCGACCUGGGUAGGUGUGGAGGAGGCCCCAUUCCCUGACAACCCGGGGCGGGACCCGAGAGUAGGGGUGGGGUUAGAGUGCCGGGAGAGAAGCUUGAACUCCUCUAUUCAGAGUGAUGUGACCCAUGUGACAGGAAAGCCGGCAAGAUCUGUGUCUUGGAGCCUGGAGAUCUGGGACGUGGCCAAAGUGUAGGUGUGAUCUGAGGGACCAGCCAGGGAGAGAUGGAACCUUAGUAAACUAAGGGGAUGGAGCCUGUGUCAAGAACAGCAGCUGUAUGGGGCCAUGGGGAAGGUGUGAACGCCAAGAGUCAGGGACCCCAAAUGCAGCUAGAGACGGGUGCCUGAGUAGAUCUUGGAGGACACGGGAGGACCAAGUACAGCCAGCCACAUCGGGUCCCCACAGACCUGGCAGCCUGACUGGCAUUAGUUUCUCUGACCACAGUCCCCGACCUCCGUCAGAAAUGGGGAACGUGCAGUCGGAGCCGUCCGCGGGCGGGGGCUCCCGAAAAGAGCAGGCCUCGGACCGCUCCUCUGAGUCCCGCCGGAAGUCUUUGGCGGAGCCCGAGGUGACCCCCUCCUCCCCUGCCAGACGCCUGGCUCGCGGGCUGGGCGUUUGGUUCCCUGGCAGCUCAGCGCCCCCGGGACUCCUCGUACCCCCUGAGCCCCAGGCCUCACCCUCGCCCCUGCCCCUGCCCUUAGAGCUGCCCUCGCCAGUGACGCCCCCUUCAGAGGAGGUGGUUGUGGCUGCGGCUGCAGUCUCCACACCACCCCCACCCCCCGUGGGGACCCUGCUGCCCGCGCCGUCUAAGUGGAGAAAACCCACGGGCACUCCGGUGACCCGGAUACGCGGUCUGCUGGAGGCAAGCCAUCGCGGCCAGGGCGACCCUCCAAGCCUCCGCCCGCUGCCGCCACCGGCCCUGCCACAAACCCAGGAGGACUCCGACCCUGUCUUGAGGGCCCCAUCCCCGACUCCGCCACCCUUGGAGCCCCCAAAGCCUCCGUCUUUCGAUCGACAACCCUCGGAGAGCAGAAUCAGUCCUCCUCUGGCCACACCUGCCGAACCCCCCACAGAAAGCCAGGUCCGGCGCGACGGCGAGAAGCAAACUGCCAGCGCGGCCUGCGGAGGGGCGCUUCCCCAAGGAGGCGAGGGUGAAAUGGCCCAGCCUGCGGCCUCUGAGUCCGGCUUGAGUCUGCUGUGUCAAGUCACCUUCAAGUCGGGGCCCCCUUUGCCCCCUGCAGCAGGCUCAAGUUCCUUAGUCGCCAAAGUCUCGCUUGGUGGCGGUGGAGGCAGGGGACUCUUCUCCGCGGCCUCGGGCACCAUCUCUUAUGCCGAGGUCCUGAAGCAAGGGCCCCUGGCUCCUGGGACUGCUCGCCCCCCGGGAGAGGUACCUCGGGGAACCCAGGAAGCGGAGGGUGGUAAUGGAGACAGCGAGGGGUGCUCUGGGCCCUCCUCGGCACCUGCGUCCUACGCCCGGGCCCUUCCGCCACCACCCUACACCACCUUCCCCGGCUCGAAGCCCAAAUUUGACUGGGUGAGUCCUCCAGAUGGUCCUGAACGCCACUUCCGCUUCAACGGGGCUAGCGGAGGCAUCGGGGCCCCCAGACGGCGCGCAGCCGCACUCUCAGGUCCCUGGGGCUCCCCACCGCCUCCGCCAGGGCAGAUACAUCCAGCUCCCGGGCCCAGGAGGCCCGCACCCGCCGUGCUGGCGCCACCUAUGUUCAUCUUCCCUGCGCCCACCAAUAGCGAGCCUGUGCGCCCCCGGCCUCCCGGCCCACUGGAGCUGCCACCGCCUCCGCCACCACCCACGCCGCCUCCGGCGCCACCGCCUACACCACAGCCACCAGUGCUCCAGCCCACACAGCUUCUUGCAGUGCUCCCGCCCACCCCAGGCUCAGGCCACUUGGAAUCCCCCGAGGAUCCCACUCUGGCUCCCGCCCCUGCCCCCACCCCGGCCCUCGCCUUAGCUGCAGACCAGGCCCCAGUCCCACCCCCAGCUCUUAAGGCCGAACCGUCGCAGGCAGCGCCCCCGCCCCCGCCCAUCAAAGCCCGCACUCGCAGAAACAAGGGCCCCCGUGCUGCUCGGGGCACGACCUGUGAGGAUGGCGCUCCUGGAGAGGGUGCUCGCGAAAGGACUGCAGCUACCACGACUGACAGUGGCAGUGGUGGGGCUCCUCCAGCAGGAACGGCUACCACUGGUACCCGACGCCACUGGCCACCCUUCCAGGUGCUUAACUCUUGUCCCUGCAAGUGUUAUUGCCGCCACCAGCCACGCCAUCGCCGCCUGCCACGCAACGUGUCUGCCUGGCUGAGCACGCCCACCAACCACCUGAGUGAGCCAUCCUGGGUUGCUACCAUCAAGUUGGCUGGCUCCCUGGUAGCUGGGCUGGAGCACUUCGAUUUGCAGGCCACCCAUUCCAACUGAAUGCAGUCUGUUCAAUGCCUCUAUCCUUCCCUUCUUGACAAUAAAAUAACCAACCAUCCA